AUGGGUCACCAUGCACAGACCCAUCAAAGCCUUCAAAUGCUGUCUUUGGAUGACUGUAAGUUGAAUGACAUUGCCAUUAUUGGGGACCUGAAGGAAUUGAAUACCCUUAGAAUUCACAAUUCUGAUAUUCAACGAUUGCCCCAGGAAAUAGGGAGACUAAACCUGCUUAGGUCGUUAGACUUGAGCAAUUGUUCCAAGCUCAAAGUCAUUCCAGCAAACAUCAUAUCAGGCUUGUUUAAUUUGGAAGAACUGUUUAUGCGCAACAGCUUUGACCAAUGGGGUGUUGAAGGUAAUGUUAAGCUUAGUGAAUUGAAUCCUUUGACUCGUCUAACUGCUUUGGAUGUGCAUAUUCGUUCUGCUCAUGACAUGCCAGCAGAAUUAUUCUCCAAACAAUUGGACAGAUACAAGAUUCUAAUUGGGGAGGUCUGGGACUGGAAUGGAAAGUAUGAUAAGGAGAGGAUUCUGAAACUCAAGCUUACAAAGGGAGUUCGCUUGGAUAGUGGAGUUAAACUGUUGUUGCAGAAAACUGAAGACCUAUAUCUAGAUGAAUUGAAAGGCAUCAAGAAUUUGCUAUAUGAGUUGGAUGACACUGGUUUUCCACAACUCAAGAAUCUCCAUAUACAAAAUGGUUCAGAAAUUCAGUUCAUUAUUAACUCUAUAGCGAUGCCUUCUCGUAACAUCUUUCCUAUCUUGGAGUCAUUGUCUCUUCAAAAUCUGAUUAAUUUGGAGAAGAUAUGUCAAGGCGAACUUGAAGAAAUAUCUUUCAAGAGAUUGAAAAUCAUAAGCAUCAAAAGUUGUGAUAGACUGAAGAAUUUGUUUCCAUUCUCCAUGAUCAAAAUGCUUCUCCAACUUCAAGAAAUUAAAGUUACAAACUGCAAAAGCAUUGAAGAGAUUGCUGUUCAAAAGAGAGAGAAAGGUGCUAUUGUUGUUGAAAAGAGAGAGAAAAGUGCUAGUAUAGCAACGAAUAAAACAGAGUUUCUCCAAUUGCGAUCCUUAACACUGCAACUUCUACCAGAGCUUAGUAGUUUCUGUUCCAAAGAGAAGAGUCUUUCCAUUUAUCAACAGGAGCCGGUGAAUACAAGGCCUUGGCUACUUUUCAAUGAAAAGAUUGCGUUUCCUGUCCUUGAGAAUCUGCGGUUGUCCUCGAUCAACAUUGAAAGGAUAUGGCAGAAAACAUCUCAUUGCAGUCGCAAUUUGACAAGUUUGGUCAUUGAGGGUUGUGAUAACCUUAAACAUCUGUUGUCACCAUCUAUCGCUAGAAGUCUAUUGCAACUCACAAGCUUUGAGAUAAUUGACUGCAAGUGCAUAAGAGAGAUAAUAGUUCCAGAAGAAGAGGAAGAAGAAGAAAAAAAGAAAGCCAAGAGUUUCUUCCCUCAACUAAAUUCCCUUAAAAUGAAAAAUCUUGGGAACUUAGUUGGAUUCUGCUCAGAGAAGUAUUUUCUUCAGCUCCCUUCCUUGAAGCUUUUGGAGAUAGAGAAUUGCCCUCAAUUGAAGGAAUUCAUGAACAAAUCUAUGCGCACAGACGUCACAACUGUCAAUGAAACUGUAGAAAUAAACAUAGAGAGGGAUUAUCAUUUUGGUCCACAAGCUCUCUUUAACGCAAAGGUUGCAUUUCCUAACUUGGAGAAAUUGAAAAUCUGCCACUUGAAAACUGUAAAGAUGAUAUGUCACAACCCACACCCUACAGAUUCUUUUAGCAAAUUAAAAGAAAUGAAGGUUGGAUAUUGCAAUGAGUUAUUCACUAUUUUUCCAUCAAAUAUGGUGGGGGCAUUCCAGAGGUUGGAAACACUGAUAGUUAUCAGUUGUGAUUCACUACAACAUAUUUUUGAAAUCAAGGUAUCAGAUAUCAAAGAUAUACAUCCUCAAGCCACACAGCUAAGAGAAUUGUAUAUUUUUCAUCUUCCAAAACUGAAGCAUGUCUGGAAUGUGGAUCCCCAAGGCAUUCUUACCUUUCCAAGUAUACGUGCAGUAUAUGUUCGGGAUUGUUGGAGUCUAAAAACUCUUUUUCCAGCAUCAGUUGCAAAAGGUCUUCAAGAACUGGAAGAUCUUACAAUUGAUUGUUGUGGAUUGGAAGAGAUUGUUUCAGUGGAGGAAGGACUGAAACAAGCUGUAAAUAAAUUUGUCUUUCCUCAAGUCUGCUCUCUUACCAUGAGGAACCUGCCCGAACUUAAAUGGUUUUACCCAGCCGUGCAUGAAAUAGAAUGGCCAAAGUUAAAAAAGUUGAAGACUUAUCAUUGUGGCCAUGAAAAGUUACUUGGGAUAGAAGAACAUAAUCCUUAA